GGACUGACUUAUCAUAAUUAUUGUUGUUUCACAGGAAAUGCAUGUGAUAGAAGAUAAUCUUUGUUUAGGGAGCAUAAAGGAUACAAAUGAAGUUGACAGCUUACAAAAGGAGGGAAUUACGUACAUUUUGACAUUGGAUAUUAAACCUCUGGCCUCCAGCUUGACUGGUCAUUUUUGCACAAAAUUUGUGCCUUUAGAAGACAUUGAAACUGCCGAUAUUUUCGGAAAACUUCCAGAGUGCUUAAGCUUUUGUGAUAAUGCAGUCAAAAAUGGCAAACUUUUGGUACAUUGUCAUGCAGGCGUGUCAAGAAGUGUAUGUAUUGUUACUGCCUAUUUAAUGAAAAAGUAUUCAAUAACUUUAAUGGAAGCGGAAGAAAGAGUACGGGCAGUGAAAGGGGAUAUACAAAUGAAUGCUGGAUUUGUUCACCAACUACUCCUUUUUGAAACUAUGAAAUGGAAGGUGGAUGAGGAUCACCCAGUUUAUAAAAAGCACAAGUUCAAAAUGUUAAAACAUGAAAUUGAGAACGAGGGUCACCAACAGUUAUCUUCUUCUUUCAUAGCUGACAACCCUAUGAUGUCUGGCAACAAGAGCGGAUCAAAUAGCUGUGUCUACAAGUGCAAAAAAUGCCGAAAACCAGUAUUUGAACAAAGAAAUAUAUAUUCUCAUGAAAUUGAUAGCUCGAAAGCAUUUCAUGCCAAACUUUCUGAAAUAAACACUGUCAUGAAAUGCAGCUCAUAUUUUCUUGAACCCAUCAAAUGGAUGGAAAAAAAUAUAACUUCAAAUUUAAAUGGCAGACUUGAUUGUCCCUAUUGCUCUUUUCGAAUUGGAAGAUUUAACUGGGCAGGAACUCAAUGUUCAUGUGGACGUUGGGUUACCCCAGCUUUACAAAUACAUGCUAGCAAUGUGGAUAAAACUGCAAUAAAUUAAAAACAAAAUUUACCUGGAUUGUUCAGUUUGAUAAUAAGGAGCUACAUUCAUUUGGAGGAGCCUUUAUGGUUCAAAAUGUACUAGAACCCAUCAAAUAGAUGGAAAAAACUAUCACUUCAAAUUUAAGUGGAAGAAUUGAUUGCCCAUAUUGCUCUUUUGGAAUUGGAAGAUUAUCUGGACAGGAACUCAAUGUUCAUGCGGACGUUGGGUUACCUCAGCUUUACACAUACAUGCUAGCAAUGUGGAUAAAACUCUGCAAUAAAUUUAAAAAAUUCAUCAGGAUUGUACAGUUUCGCAAUAAGGUGCUGCGUUCAUUUGGAAGAGCCUUUUUUGGUUCAAAUGUUCUACACCCUGGGUGAAGUGGUUGGCAUUUGAGCCAAAAGCACAGCUGAAUCUACCUCCGUCUUGCCAUUACUUCGAAGCAAUGACAGAAUUCAGUUGGGUAUAGGCAAGCUUGACUGCUCAGAAUAGCAAAAUGCAAACCAUCUUGAACCAGAGAUGGACUUUCUUUGGUUCAAAGUUCCCCUUUAAUGUAUUUCCCUUUAAUGUAUUUCCCUUUCAAAUAAAGUACAAACUUACGGUCAAAUUAGACCCGACUCUACUAACUGUCUAAAGCUAUGGCCUAUUCUUUAAUUUCAUAUCAUGGAAUAAUUAUAAGGUAUCUAAAUCAUAUUUAUUUGAAAUAACUCAAUUGCAAAUACAUAUGUUGUUAUUUUUCAUUUUAUAUAUAGAGUCCCACAGACAAAGCCUGAAAGUAGAAUGAAUUUGAGUUGAUAGAAUUCUCAGAACUUACAGUUAAGUGAUGACACACUGCCCUCUUCACCCACGUUUACCUUACGCUGGGGGAAUGAA